CACAAAUUGGCAAUUUUAGAGGUCAAAAGCACGAGGACCUGCCUCAACUCAAACCAAUAGAGUUUUAAAAGGCUCAACUUCCUUCUUUUUACUGUUUUUUUUAGUACUCCGACUGAUACCCGACCUCGACGUACCUCAUCCUAGACCUUUUCUUCACCUACUCGCUGUACUCGUUAUGGAUUGCCUCUUUUUACCGAUCGCUUACAUAGCUGUUGGCGAGGGCGCACGGCAUCAAUACCCUGACUGAUCAGAAAACCAUAUAAGCUCUGCUAUAUCCCUCUGCGAUACCCGAGUUGAUCCUCAUCUUCAUCCUCUGCCCUGCCAUGACGCUCUUACCAACCGCUCUCCUACUGGCAACUGCUGGCCAAGUUCUCGCUACUGUUCAGACCUACACCUGGACAGGCUUUGACCAGUACGAUACCCCGCACUACUUCCCGACCUCCAACUACAGGGUCUACCCUCGGAAAACAGACUUCUCCGUCGCUUCCGUCAACUACUGGGGAAAAGUGAACGACUUCGAUGCCGAAAGCGAGGGAAGUUCCUCUUACGUCACUGAGCGCCGUGCGCCUUUGACCUUUUGUGCCAUUGGAAACAACUCUUUCUGGUUCACUGGAUACCAAUCGUCGGACGAUCUCACUGUGCCCACCGCCUUCGCAGUCGGUCGAUCAUCCAGUCAUCCGAGCUGGGUGUCUGAUUAUACCGAUUUCGAUCCUUCCUCGCUCGAGUACUUCAUCCCUGAGUCACCCGAGGAGACUGCCAAUGAUGCCCAAUUUACCAAACUUGCUCUCCCCCACUCUGCUUGCGUUCCUAUCUCGUCUACACGCGCCAUCCAGUUCUGGGACUCUUGGGCAGACUUCAACAGCCGAGGAUCUUUCAUGGUCCAGUACGAUUUGACGGUGUCCAACAACUCAUUGACCGUCACUCGAUUCAAGGAUCUCUACGGGUCUGUUGAUGACGACCAGUAUGCAUAUGGUCUUUUUGCGGCCAUGCAUGCGAAGAACGGUGUCUACAUGUAUGCUCUCGAUACCAGUGACUAUGGAAACAGCCAGGCUUUAUUCGUUGCCUUUGCUCCCGCCGACACUGUCACGGACCAAUCUACGUGGAAGUACUGGAAAAACUCCACUCAGUCAUGGACCUCCACUGAACCCUUGGCUACAGAGAACCGCACUGCAGAUGCGAUCUACACUCUGUCUGGCUCUGACCAGUUUGUCAUAGACAAUACUGAUGAUUCUAUGUUCUACGCCGGCGGCUCUAUUUUCUACUCAGAAUAUCACCAUGCCUACCUUAUGGUUUAUGUGUCGACCGCAGACACCACCAGCUACAUCAUCGAAUAUGCUCCCACCCCCGUGGGCCCAUGGUCAAACAACAAGAAGGUUCUCUACACGGACUCGACAAAUAACUUGAAGGCCGCUCUCGUGACUCCGAUGAUGUUCAGUACUCCUGCGCUCGCCGGCAAGGUUGGAAAAUACUUGCUGAUGACUCCAGCAUCCCCGGAUUCUGAGUAUGAUGGGCUGACGUAUAGGCUUAUUUUUGACUAAGCGGAGUUUCGUUUUGUUACAUUGCUUGUGUUGCAGGACCUGCUGGCAGACGGAUGGUUUGUGCUUGAUUGCUAGUGUACCUAAAGAUUACUCGUAUAAUACACAAUGAUGACUCAUGCCAGU